UGCAUCUGUAGAUCGAUGCAUGACAUGUCCAAACCUACAAGUUAAAAAAAAAUUGUUCUCACACCCGUCUAUGUGAGCUUUGGAGAACGUGACCUGUCCAAAUAAGCAUGAAUAGGAGGAUUACAGUGCAUUAACAAUCAUUAAAAAUAAAAUAGUCAAACCAUAUAUAAGAAUUCAAGACUUAAAAUGAAUCCAACUGGCAGUUCUUUCUCAGGAAAGGCAACUUGGAAAAAGUUUACUUUAAUGGAAAACCAGACAAAGAGUAUAAUUAAAACUUCUGCAUUGUUUUCUUUAUAGGAUAGAAUCAUCAUGCCUACGUGGGUCGUAGAAAAAGAAAACACAUAAAGCCAAACAAGCUCAUAUUGUAAAUGAUUAGUUGCCAAAUUUUGUAUGUUCAACUAAUUGGCCAUUGGUUGACAAAUGAAUUGCAUGGAUUUAUUUAACUUCAUAGUCAACUAAUGAUUUGAAAAUAAACAUUAAAAUGAAUAUAGGAAAAAUUUCUGGUCUAAGAAAAAAUUAGCUGUCAUAUCCUCCCCAUUGACUUACCUAGUGAUGAACCUACUACAAGAGGUUGCUAAUAACUUGUCCUUUUGUCAUCAAAAGCUGCCGUAGCGACAACGAAAGGGGCACUGUUUCUUCAGUGAGCAAGCAAUGUUAGUGGUUGAUAUAAAUAGUCACAAUUCAUGCAAUUGCAUUGUUAAAACACUAAUAAUCAUCUUGUUUAGUUGUUAAACGAAGCUUCCAGCAAGAUGGCCCUAGAAUAAAUGAUGCAGCAGCCACUCCUAUGUUACUUGACAAGAAGAUUAAGGGCAUAGACCACUUGCUAAGAGAGGGAAAGUUAUGACAAGGAUAGCGGCCAUGGCGUAGCAGUCGUUGGCGGCCAUGAUCAACAUGGCCACUCGACGUUCAAAUUCCUCCCCAAAUCCUAGGCUUGAGGAGCUAAGAGUGGUUAUCAUCUAAAAAAUAUGUUGAUGGAUGGAAAGCGUGAAAAAUCCUUUAUGCACGAGAUAACAAUGAUGGGAGAUUGAUCAGUUAGUGUCAAUUUCGCUAAUCUCUUGUAUUUAGACAUUUUUCCCUAAUCCCUCCCCAUCUUGCAAGAGAUUGAUAAGUCAGAGUCGAGUAACCUCAGGGUUCUUGGAGAGUUUUGUAGUGUCACUAUCGUUGAUUUCUUGUAUCUAGACAUUGUUUCCUCCCCCAUGUAAUGACAAUUUUUUUUUAAGUGUCCAGAGCACCUAGAAAGCAAGGUCUUUAUCAAUCUAGUGCGAUCAUAUUUCCACUUCUAUUAUCAAUAUCAGUAUUAGCAUGAGUGUCUACAACCUUUUCUAAUUCCACUAGAGGAGCAUAACCCAUACUCUCCCAACAUCAGUUUUAUUAAUGUUUGAGCCGCUUGCACACACCUCGACUAAUUCCACCAGUACCUACGAUCGAGAAACAACAUAGGUAUUGGGCAACUCUUCCCAUAAAGGAUUGGACAUAUGGAAAAAAUUCGCCUAAUGCCUUUUUUGUCUCCACUGGAAUUUGAACCUAAGACCUCGUGGUUCCCCCCAACUUCAUUGACCACGAAGCCCCACCCAUGCAUUCAAUUUUUUUUGUUACUUUCUCAUCUAAACUUUGACAAAAAACAUGAAAUACAAAAAACACAUUAAAUGGAAUUGCUAAACGGCAAGAAUGCUAUAGCCCCACACCCACACCCAACCAACCAAAAAAGACUGAAAGAAUAGGAUAAGAAAAUAAUCAGAAAAUGAAAACCAAGAAAGUAGAGAAUCUCAUGUCAUCUGAAGAUGACUAAAUUUGGCUCUAUACUAAGUUGGUACCUUAAGUACAGAGCAAGGCAGAGACAUUAAAGCAACAAUUUUAGGAAAAGAAUAGGUCCUUUUCUCAAUGCCAAAGCUUAGAACCAAAGUUUUUAUGCCUUUUCCUUUCAUGGGUCCAUAAAUAGAUAACACAUAGUUUCUAUAGUGCUGCUAUAUACACUAAAAUGGCAUUUUCAGGCCAACUUCUCCAGCAUAGUAUAUGGUCUAAACCGGAGUUUAUGCAUACCCUGAGCGUCCCUCCAUUGAAAGCUAACCACGAAUCAGUUAUGAAAGUAUCACAACGAAGACUUAAAAUACGGGGCAUCAAGAGCAAAUAUAACUGUUUGGUCACACUUUCGAUGUUAAAUCCUGAGAAUGGCACGAGUAUGAGUACAUUUUCUCCAUCCGACACAAUCAAGAAGUUCUACUCUAGCAUCAACAACAAAGAUAUGAACCAACUAGCACUGCUCAUAGAUAAAGAUUGUUUCUUUGAUGAUUUCUCCUUUCCUAAACCAUUCCGAGGGCGAAAGGAGGCUUUGAAAUUUCUGGGGCAACUAACCACAUGCAUGGGGAAGAACACAAAGUUCUACAUUGAGAACAUUUAUGAGGGAGUUGAUCUCACAACUGUGGUUAACUGGCAUUUAGAGUGGAACAAGAAGCAGGUUCCUUUCACUAGAGGCUGCAGCUGCUACGAGUUAUCAAGAGACGGAGAUCAAGAACUAGUCAUAAAGAAAGCUCAAGUAAUCCUUGAAUCGCCAAUCAAACCAGGAAGCUUCGCUUUGGAAGUGUUCCAGAAGGUCAUUUCAGUAUGUGAUGCUUUCCCUGAGGCUGCGGAAUGGUUGUUUCUGAUGAGUCACCUUCUGUUACCAAGUAUCUACAAUAUAGCUCUCCAGCCGAGCAUACUUCCAAUUCUUGCCUGCUACCGCAAGUUAUGGAGUAUCAUAGUUGCCUUUCUUACACUUAUCUACACAAUAUUCAUGUUCAUUAUAAAGAAAUUCCACGAGUAG